UAAAGUUAAUAGUGAAGUGAUCAGUGCUAAGUGUUUGGUGUUCAGUGUUCAGUGUUCAGUGCUCUAAAUAUCUUGUUUGUGAAAAUUGAAUUGGUUCCAGCUGUAAAAGAAGAAGAAGAAAAUAAAAAAGAAUGGCUCGUACAAAGCAAACUGCUCGUAAAUCAACUGGCGGUAAAGCACCACGUAAACAGCUGGCUACAAAAGCUGCUCGAAAAAGCGCUCCAGCUACUGGUGGUGUUAAGAAGCCUCAUCGGUAUCGUCCUGGUACAGUUGCUUUGCGUGAAAUACGUCGCUAUCAAAAAAGUACCGAAUUAUUAAUACGCAAAUUGCCAUUUCAACGUUUGGUGCGCGAAAUCGCUCAAGAUUUUAAAACAGAUUUGCGUUUCCAAAGCUCUGCUGUUAUGGCCUUGCAGGAAGCUAGUGAAGCGUACUUAGUCGGCUUGUUUGAAGACACAAAUUUAUGCGCUAUUCAUGCUAAACGAGUUACAAUUAUGCCUAAAGACAUUCAACUGGCUCGACGCAUUCGUGGAGAACGUGCAUAAAUUAUGCAAGUUAGGCAAAAUAAUGCAUUUUAUGAAACAAUCGGUCCUUUUCAGGA